GGAAGUGCGCUCCUUAAGGGUUUCCGUGUGGACCUGGGUUGCUGAGCCCAGUGACUGGCGAGGGCGUCAUGUCGGACAACGAGGACAAUUUCGAUGGUGAUGACUUUGAUGAUGUGGAGGAGGAUGAAGGGCUAGAUGACUUGGAGAAUGCUGAAGAGGAGGGCCAGGAGAAUGUCGAGAUACUUCCCUCUGGGGAGCGGCCACAGGCCAACCAGAAGCGAAUCACCACACCGUACAUGACCAAGUAUGAGCGGGCCCGUGUGCUGGGUACCCGAGCUCUCCAGAUCGCGAUGUGUGCCCCCGUGAUGGUGGAGCUGGAGGGGGAGACAGAUCCUUUGCUCAUUGCCAUGAAGGAACUCAAGGCCCGAAAGAUCCCCAUCAUCAUCCGCCGCUACCUGCCAGAUGGGAGCUAUGAAGACUGGGGAGUAGAUGAGCUCAUCAUCACCGACUGAGCCGGAAUCAUCUUCCUGACCUUGCCCCACGCCCAAUUUCUAUUCUAACUUUAUACAUGUAAAUAAACUAUUUAGCUUUCAGCCCCA